AUGAGCUCUAUGGGAUACAGAUUGACUACGGUCAUGGGGCUCAAGCAAUUGAAGGCGCCCAAGGAAGAUGGGACAGAGCAAGACCUCGAGGACUUUUUGACAAGCCUGACUGACAAAGCAAUCAUCAGGUGGGCGGACGGAGGUGAUGUGGGCUACAAUGUGGAAGAAAACGCGGAGCCUGAGAUAAAGGAGUCUGACUCAUUGACGGCUGCAGAAGAGUCGGACGCCAGAAAGGUCAAAGCGUACGAAAGGUUGAUGGACAAGUACGAAGAUCGGAAGGACGCAUUUUGGACUAACACAAUCGCUAUGUUUCAGUUAAUCAUGAGCAACGUGACUACCACGAUGAGAAACAAGAUUAAGUUGACUGAUGGUCAUUUGGUUGCCAGCAAGAAUAAAGAUCUGGUUUGGCUCAUGAGCACCGUUGAUGUAUGCGUCCCUCCAAAAGGCCUUGAGACCCAAUCACCUGCUGAGCCAAGAAGGCCGGCCGAACCGACGAGGAGAUGGUCCUUGGAGGAAAUGAAGGUGGUGUGCGAACGCCCUGAAGAAGCUGUAGGAUCGCUAUUUUGA